CUGAAGGCGACGAAGCAACAAGUUCGAUAGACACAUUUGUCUGUACUUAUUGUGUUGCAUAUAUAACAUCAGACUCAGUCACUGACGAUUAAGAAGAUGAACAAACACAGGAAGCAGAUGGCAGAGCAGUUCCUGAGUCAGGCCCUGGGCAUCAUCUGUUUGCUGACCGGAGAGGAAUAUGCCAUUGUGAAGAAGAGGCCCUCUCACAGCAGCAUUCACCGGCAGAGCGGAGAGGUGCCUAUAAAGUGUGAUGAUGUUGCUAUGCAUUUCACUAUGGAGGAGUGGGAGUUUAUAGAGGGACACAAGGAGCUUUACAAGGACGUCAUAAUGGAGACUCACCAAGCACUAAGGACUAUGGAGAUCCCAGGAAAUGAGAGCUCAGGUCACAGUGAUGAACAUCUAGACACAGGAGCUGCAGAACUUGUACAGAAUAUUCAGCCAGUGGAGACCCCAUCAGACGUCUCUGCAGAACUAACAGGUUACAGUGAUGAAAAUCUAGACACAGGAGCACAUGGAGACCUUGUACAGAAUAUUCAGCCAUCAGAUGUCUCUGCAAAUGACAUUAAUACUGAUGUAUUUAUGAAAACAGAAGAUCUGAGUGUAACGUGUCAGCUGGAAGUUCUAGUGAAGGAAAUCUGUUACAGCGAUAAUGAAGAACUAACAGGUCACAGUGAUGAAAAUCUAGACACAGGAGCACAAGGAGAACUUGUACAGAAUAUUCAGCCAGUGAAGACCUCCUCAGACGUCUCUGCAGAACUAACAGGUCACAGUGAUGAAAAUCUAGAUACAGGAGCACAUGGAGAACUGGUAGAGAAUAUUCAGCCAGUGGAGACCCCAUCAGACGUCACUGCAGAACUAACAGGUUACAGUGAUGAAAAUCUAGACACAGGAGCACAUAGAGAAUUUGUACAGAAUAUUCAGCCAUCAGAUGUCUCUGCAAAUGAAAACGAUGCUAAGAUUUCAUGUAACAUGGAACAAACAGAGGAUCAGUUGCUAAGAAAUGUUGAACCAUCAGAGCAGGAAAUUUGUGGCAAUAUAAGUGCAGGUGAAUUCACAAACUGCGCUAAUCCUAGCCAUGAUCAGAGUGCAGAUGUUUCUUUAAAUUUUCUUCAAAAUCAAAGAAGCCACGUGGGAAAUGUAUGUUCUGAAUGUGGGAAAUGUUUUCUUAAGAAAUCACAACUUUAUAAACAUCUAAAAAUUCAUAGAGGACAAAAGCCAUUUUCCUGUCCUAUAUGUGGGAAAUGUUUUAACCGUAAAAAAAAUCUUGUUGCUCAUCGGAAAAUUCAUACAGGAGAAAAAGGAUUUUCAUGUUCUGACUGUGGGAAAUGUUUUACUCGGAAAUCAAAUCUUAUUACACAUCAGAAAAUUCAUACAGGGGAGAAAGGAUUUUCAUGUUCUGACUGUGGCAAAUGUUUUACUCUGAAAUCAAAUCUUAUUACACAUCAGAAAAUUCAUACAGGACAGAAAGCAUUUUCAUGUUCUGACUGUGGGAAAUGUUUUACUCUGAAAUCAUCUCUUAUUAAGCAUCAGAAAAUUCAUACAGGAGAAAAAGCUUUUUCAUGUUUUGACUGUGGGAAAUGUUUUACUCAGAAAUCACAUCUUAUUAGGCAUCAGAAAAUUCAUACAGGGGAGAAAGCAUUUUCAUGUUCUGACUGUGGGAAAUGUUUUACUCUGAAAUCAUCUCUUAUUAAGCAUCAGAAAAUUCAUACAGGAGAAAAAGCUUUUUCAUGCUUUGACUGUGGGAAAUGUUUUACUCAGAAAUCACAUCUUAUUAGGCAUCAGAAAAUUCAUACAGGGGAGAAAGCAUUUUCAUGUUCUGACUGUGGGAAAUGUUGUAAUCAAAAAUCAAAUCUUAUUGCACAUCAGAAAAUUCAUACAGGGGAGAAAGGAUUUUCAUGUUCUGACUGUGGAAAACGUUUUACUCUGAAAUCAAAUCUUAUUAGGCAUCAGAAAACUCAUAUUAAAAUAAAUCAAGUUUAACCUAA